AUGCUGCGCGACGCCGACGAGCCCGUGCGGCUGCGGGGAAGUCCCCCGCGAAAGGAAGAUCUGCCGAUGCCCCUGCUACCUCUGCUGUCGUUGCAGCUACAUCAAUCGAACUCCUCUUCGAUAGGGCUACCCAAGCACAACACGACGAUCGGUAUUUCCCCUUGGCGUCGGCAUUGGUCGCGUCAGGCGGCACCAACGGACUUGAAAGGUUGCCAGAUGGUUUCCCAGACCAGGCUGCAAGUAAAAAACGCAUCAACUUUAAGGCGUAUAGGCGCGUCGGCCGUUAAAAUUAGAGUUUCCUUACCGUUCAUCCUGACGAAGGAAGUGUGCUCCGGAGCAGUUGCAUUCCUAUGCGGGAAGCAUCCAUACAAAAACAACCCUCCAGCCAUCUCUACUGUUCAAGUAGAUAAUAUAGCUCAGGCCUGGGCCGGGGGUUUGCCGCAAAAGUGGCCAACCACCAAGUUGCAAUCUACAUACAAGCCGCAGAAACAUUGUUGUUACAUCAUACCAGAGUUUGAUGACCUGAAACGGCCCGGAGCAAUUAGUUCGUGGGUUCGAUCACAUCCUACCACAAAUCCGCAAUUCUGCCCUCUGAACCUGGCUGGUCGGUUUUCCGUUGCUGUCUUCGAUGAGGCGCAUACAUGGGUCCUGAUAUAG